CGAGGGCGAUGGGCGCACAGCGGGAGGGAGGAGAGUUGGAUGGUGAAGAAGAAGAUGACGACGAUGAAGAUGACGACGACGAUGCUGAUGACGGUGACGUUGAUGACGAUGAUGAUGGUGGUGGUGGUGGUGGCGUUGUUUAUGUUGUUGCCUGGCGGCCUCUGCUUCCUCGGUCUCGCCGCCUGUGCAGAGAACGGCGCAGCGGGUCCAGCAGCAGCAGCAGCAGGAGCCCCCUCCGCACCCCCACAAAACAUCGUGUGCGUGGCCCUCAGCUCCAGCAGCCUGCUGGUCAGCUGGGAGCCGCCACCCGCACACGACGGCGGCAGCAGCAGCAGCAUCACGGGGUACACGGUCGCAUACAGGGAGCUGCCCAGCCAAGGCGCAGACGCAGCAGACGACCAACAAGGGGACACACUAGCUGACGCACCAGCUGACGCACCAGCUGACGCACUAUGGGACGUACUAGCUGACGAACCAGCUGACACACUAGCUGACGCACUAGCUGACGAACCAGCUGACGCACUUGCUGAUGAACCAGCUGACACACCAGCUGACGCACUAGGGGACGCACUAGCGGACGAACCAGCUGACAAACUAGCUGACGCACUAUGGGACGCAUAGCUGACGCACUAGCUGACAAACCAGCUGACACACUAGCUGACGCACUCGUGGACACACUAGCUGACGCACUAUGGGACGUACUAGCUGACGAACCAGCUGACACACUAGCUGACACACUAGCUGACGAACCAGCUGACGCACCAGCUGACGCACCAGCUGACGCACUAUGGGACGUACUAGCUGACGCACUAGCUGACGAACUAGCUGACGAAUCAGCUGACGCACCAGCUGACGCACCAGCUGACGCACCAGCUGACGAACCAGCUGACGCACCAGCUGACGCACCAGCUGACGAACCAGCUGACGCACCAGCUGACGCACUAUGGGACGUACUGGUGACGCACCAGCUGACGAA